AUGGCAAUUGAUAGACGACUUGCUGUUCUUGUUUGUCUUAAACAUUAUAAUAACAAUACUGAACAACUUGUUAAUGCUCUAUUUGAUAAUACUGUUCCUGAAAAUCUAAAAUUUGAAGCAUCAAGUACAACAUCAUCAUUAUUACCUUCAUCAAUUUUUACAAAUGAAAAUGAAAUACCAUUUAUUAGUAAAGAUUUUUCUAUACUUGAACAACGUUCAAAUAUAUAUGAUAAUGAUGAAUUUGAUAUAUUUAAUCGAGAUAAUAUUGAUCUAACAAAGAUACAUCGAGGAAAAAAAACACGAGACUCAACAGCAGAUCUUGAUGACAAAUCUCAUUUAAUAGGAAUGAGUGAACGUUAUUCUCGUUUAGGUCUUAUUGAAGAUGAAACAGAUGAAGAAUAUGAUGAUGAAUAUGAUGAUACGUAUGAUGAUGGAAUUGUUAAUGUUAGAGAUAAAGAUGAUACAAUUGAUCAUGAAUUAGAAAAGAAUGAAAAUAGAUUAUUGGGAAAACAACCUCAACAUUAUCGUCAACGAAUAGAUAAAGAUGAUGAUGGUGAAGAAGAAGAUAAUGAAAAUCAGACUAAACGUCGUACUCAAUUUGUUGAAAAUCCUGAAAUAGUUCGUGAACGAAGAGCACAACAACGAGCAGCUUGGCAACAACGUCAUCAACCACAUCGAGCACAUACGGAAGAAACACGUGAUGUUGCUGGUAAUGUGCGUGGUCGCGGUCAAUCAGCAACCGUUAUACAUAAUCGACGUUGGAAAGAUGCACAUAAAUCUUCACAAGGAAAUCAUAAUCGUCGAAAUCGAGCUGCUCAAAAAUCUAAUCGAGGAUUACUUUCUUAA